AUGAAGGCUGCCAUCGCCCUUCUCGCCCUUGGCGUUGCUGGCUCCGUCGCAACCAUGCAGAACAUUGCGAGGGAUCCUGCCAGCGAGGCCAGGGGUGCCGUUGAAGUCACUGUCCCUCCACACGAACCAUUUAAGAGGACUGAUACGAAUACCGAAAAGGGAGUUUCUGCUAAGGAUGUCCCCGACGACACGGAUAUCGAUGGGAAGCCGGACAAAAAGGGGGCCAAGAAAGGCCCCAAUAAUGACACCGCGGUUUCCGAACAAAUAUCUCCCGAGAAAAAGGAUCCUUGGAAAUUUAAAGCCAAGGACAAGAACGCCGCGAAGGAUUCUGGAGCCAAUAAAACCAAGGGCAAGAGGCCUGCUGCCGUUGAUCCCAUUGACCAAAGUCCGGAUGACACUUAUGGCGAUGGCCAAACGAGCGACAGCCAAGCCGAUGAUCUUGCCGACUAUGGUAGCUCUGAUUUAGGUUCCGACGACGACGCCUCUGAUGGUGUAGUUAACUUUUCUGGCGAUGCUUCUGGCGAUGCUUCUGGCGAUGCUUCUGGCGAUGCUUCUGGCGAUGCUUCUGGCGAUGCUUCUGGCGAUGCCUCUGACGAGAUCUCUAGCGAUGCCUCUGACAAAGUUCCUACUAAACAAAACGCCAACGAAAAGAGAGCCAUCGGGAAGAACGAUUUAAUCGCCAAACAGAAAAAUUCCAAAAAAGGUCGAAAAAGGAGCAGAAGGGGAAGAAAGAAGAAGGCCAAGGGUGGAAACGUCAUGGUUGGUAGUUGCAGAAAGGCCACUAGGACUUGCGAGAUUAUCGAAGUAGAAGUUGCAAGCAAGACCGAUCUUCAGGGACGUGCCUUGCGCCGCAAACGAGUCGGAGGGAGGAAGAACAUGAGAAUAGUGGAGAGAAAGUACGCGUGCCGAAACAAGGUGAGUAAAGACGGCCUUGCCGACCCGCAGCUUGCAGCAAACGCGCAGACUGACUUCUGGAAACCAGUGCAUGAAGGGUAUUUGCACCGUUCCUCUGACGAGCAGGACGGCUAA